AUGGCUGAGAAAGAAGCCACCGUCUACAUCGUUGAUGUAAGCAAGUCAAUGAAACAGCAUAAUCAUGGGCGAGACAUUUCGGAUCUUGACUGGGCGAUGCGCUAUGUUUGGGAUAAGAUUACGACGACUGUAGGAACGGGACGUAAAACGGCCGCGGUUGGUGUCGUUGGGCUUAAGACUGAUGGAACGAAAGUACCUUUGGAUGAUGACGAAGGUUAUGAGAAUAUUACUGUUAUGCAGGAUCUUGGACAGGUGCUUAUGCCAGAUAUACGACGCUUACGCGAGGAAAUCAAACCGAGCCAUACGGACGAAGGAGACGCAAUCUCUUCACUCAUCGUGGCCAUUCACAUGAUCAACGUGUACACCAAAAAGUUGAAAUACAAACGGAAAAUUUAUCUCGUCACUGAUGGCAAAGGGGCAAUGAGCUCGGACGGAUUAGGGGACAUUGCCUCUAAACUCAAGUCGGAUAAUAUCGAACUUAUUGUGCUUGGUGUGGAUUUUGAUGAUCCUGAUUAUGGCUUCAAGGAGGAAGACAAAGACCUAAGAAAGGCGGAAAAUGAAGCUUUACUUCGUGGUCUUGUAGAGGAUUGCGAGGGCGUCUACGGCACCUUAGCACAAGCGAUACAGGAACUUGACACUCCCCGCGUCAAAGUCGUGCGCGGUAUACCUUCAUUCCGUGGGGAUCUUAGACUAGGUGAUCCAACUAGAUACGAUACCGCUCUCCGUAUCCAGGUAGAGCGUUACUAUCGAACAUAUGUCGCCAAGCCUCCCAGCGCUAGCUCCUUUGUUCCAGGUGGAGACCCAAGCCAACCCUCUGCAUCGAUACAGACUUUGGAGGCCGGUAAAGAUCUAGAUGCAAAUUUGACCAAUGUCCGGUUCGUGCGGACCUAUCAUGUCGAUGACCCUACAGUUGCUGGUGGCAAACGUGAGCUUGAACGAGAGGAGCUAGCCAAGGGAUACGAAUAUGGCCGCACAGCGGUUCAUAUCAGUGAAUCAGACGAGAAUAUCACAAAACUGGAAACGACAGCUGCCUUGGAAUUGAUCGGGUUUAUCCAAGCUGAUCAUUACGAUCGAUUCAUGAACAUGUCUAAUAGCAAUGUCAUUAUUGCUCAAAAGACAAAUGAGAAAGCAGCCUUGGCACUUUCAUCAUUGAUUCAUGCUUUGUUUGAGCUUGACUGCUAUGCAAUUGGAAGACUGGUUGUGAAAGACGGCAAGAAUCCAUUAAUUGUCCUCUUGGCGCCAUCGAUCGAACCAGACUAUGAAUGCUUGCUCGAAGUGCAGCUUCCUUUCUAUGAAGAUGUCCGGUCAUACAAGUUCCCACCCUUGGACAAAGUCAUUACUAUAUCUGGCAAGGAGGUAAAGGAGCAUCGAAACCUGCCUAAUGAGGAUCUGGUGAAUGCAAUGAGCAAAUAUGUCGAUAGCAUGGAGUUGAUCGACAAGGAUGAAGAGGGAGAGGUUAUUGAUACCAUCCCAAUGGAGGACAACUAUUCUCCUUUACUACAUCGAAUCGAACAAGCGGUUCGGUGGCGGGCUAUACAUCCGAAUGAGCCUGUUCCUCCACCAUCGGAAAGACUUACUCGACUCUCGAAACCGCCUAAGGAUGCCCAGGAACGUGCACAGAAAUAUCUGGAUCGAAUCAUCCAUGCAGCAGACGUAAAGAAAGUACCUCCAAAAACAAAAGGCCGCAAACGCAAUCGCGAUGUUGACAAACCUCUUUCUGGACUGGACGUUGACGAAUUACUUCAUCGCGAAAAACGUGCAAAGAUUUCACCGACCAACGCGAUCCCAGAAUUCAAGCAAAUGCUUGCCAGCGCCGAGAAUGUGGAAUCUAUCAAGGAUGCAGCUAGUCAGAUGCAGAAAAUCAUCGAGGAUCAUAUCCGAAACAGUUUCGGGGACUCAAACUACGACCGCGUCGUUGAAGAGCUAGGUGUUCUUCGUGAAGAAUUGGUUGAUUACGAAGAGCCAGGUCUGUACAAUGAGUUUAUCCGGCCGCUGAAGGAGAAGAUUUUGAAGGAGAAGCUGGGCGGGGACAGGCAAGAAUUGUGGUGGUUGAUUCGACGAUCAAAGGUUGGAUUGAUUGAUAAGUCGGUGUCAGAUCGAUCUGAGGUAACUGAAGAAGAAGCUAAAGAGUUCCUUUCUUCAAAGUAGGUCGGUGUGUGUAUCAAUAGACAGGGUACUGUUUCUAUAUAAGAUAUAUUCUGAUUGAAUUUAUUAUUGGCUUCAUGCUUAGUACUAUGCUAUAAUCACUCAAGCAAAGGUAUUGAAGUUAAUCUU